ACAAAAACAUACUUAAUUCAUUAACUUUCAUGAUUAUUAUUAUUACUCCAUAAACAAGUAACGUCAAAUUAAACAAUUAAGCAUUUUAACGAGAAAAACAAAUGACUCGAAAUAUCGAAACUACCCCUGAUCCGCCAUUAACAACCGACACAACAAAAAGCCUUCUCUUUCACACUCUCUUGUCUCUCUACUCACUCACAGAACACACAAGCCUUAAACAAUGUCAUCACCGCGUCUGCGUUUGCGUUUAUCUCUACUCCUACUCUUACCAAUCACGAUUAGCUGCGUCGCAGUCGCUCUCUCUGACGACCUCCCCGCGUUUCGCGAAGCUCCGGCGUUUCGGAACGGCAUAGAAUGCUCCAAAACGACAUGGUCACCGUCGGAUCGCGAGCACAACCCUUCGCUCAUCCACAUCGCAAUGACUCUCGACGCCAUUUACCUCCGUGGCUCAGUCGCCGGCGUCUUCUCCGUUCUACAGCACGCUUCUUGUCCUGAGAACGUUGUUUUCCACUUCAUUGCCACUCACCGCCGCAGCGCCGAUCUCCGCCGCAUUAUCUCCUCAACUUUCCCUUACCUAACCUACCAAAUUUACCAUUUUGACCCUAACCUCGUCCGCAGCAAAAUCUCCUCCUCGAUCCGUCGUGCUUUGGACCAGCCUUUGAACUACGCUCGGAUCUACCUCGCCGAUCUCCUCCCCGUCGCCGUACGCCGCGUAAUCUACUUUGACUCCGAUCUAGUAGUCGUCGACGACGUGGCCAAGCUCUGGGGAAUCGAUCUGCGUCGUCACGUCGUCGGAGCUCCGGAGUACUGUCACGCUAACUUCACCAACUACUUCACUUCAAGAUUCUGGUCGAGCCAAGGCUACAAAUCGGCGUUGAAGGGGCGUAAGCCGUGUUACUUCAACACCGGAGUGAUGGUGAUUGAUCUCGGGAAAUGGAGGGAACGGAGAGUUACGGUGAAGCUUGAGACGUGGAUGAGGAUACAGAAACGACAUCGUAUCUACGAGUUGGGGUCUUUGCCUCCGUUUCUGCUUGUUUUCGCCGGAGAUGUUGAGCCGGUGGAGCAUAGGUGGAACCAGCAUGGUCUCGGCGGAGAUAACUUGGAGGGACUUUGCCGGAAUCUGCAUCCAGGACCGGUGAGUUUGUUGCAUUGGAGCGGGAAAGGGAAGCCAUGGCUAAGGCUUGACUCGAGACGGCCUUGUCCGUUGGAUUCGUUAUGGGCGCCUUAUGAUCUGUUUCGUUACUCACCGUUGAUCUCUGACAGCUGAUCUGAUGAUGGCAAUAAAAUAAUAACAUCGGACGGUGGUGUUGAGAGAAGAGGGAGACGUGGCCGUGUUUUGCUGACGUGGAAGAUACGUCUAUGAAAGCCACGUGGCUGAUGAUCGAAGAGGUGUUGUGUUUUGAUCUGACGGUGUUUAACCAAUCACGUGAUAAAAAGUUUUAAGCCAAGUGGAAUCAAAGAGAAGAAAAGGUUAACGAAGUGAGUUAGUUAGAUUUUGCAACAGUAGUUUGAUGUGUUAUGUAACAAAAUGGGUUACAAUAAGAUGUAUCUCUAUUAUUUGUUAUUUACUUCAAUUGAUAAUUCAUUUUUGUAGUUCAAAGAUCAAAACAUUAAUAAGAGUUUGGUGUUGACGACA